UUUAACUAUGUACGGUUGUGUUUGACAUAACCUUCAGAAGGUCUUUUAGCUGAACCAAAAUAUUUAUUUCGGGAAAAUGCUCAGAAAACGCAAUUUGUUUGUUGUUAAGCAGCAUCUAGCAGUCCUGAUCAGAAGCUUAACAUCUACUGAAGUCUCGUCUGCACUUCGACCGUUCUAUUUUUCCGUGCAUCCGGAUUUAUUCGGUCAGCAUCCGAAGGAGCGGGCCAUUAAUGAGACGUCCCUUCAACAGUUGAGCAGUGUACUUCAGUCCUUGCAGACCGCCAAAUAUUUGCCGCCUGUUACCCUGCCUUUUUAUAUAAAAAAUAGAAACAACCAACAUGAAGCAGCCAGACUAAUCAAAAUAUACUUAAAAGGCCGAGAUUUGGCGUCAGCCAUAGUAAACAUUCUGAAAGCUUGCGAUUUACCGACCAAUCACGUACAGCAGUACAUCAAGGCGGAACCGCAGCGGGCAACUGGAUUUCAAACCGAAAACAUUCGGCAGGAUGGAGACGAAUGGAUCAGAGUCAAGUAUCAGAACGAGUACGACUUCACCAAGUUGAACAAAAAUCAUCCCUUGUAUGCAACGUUCGUAAUGCAACAGAAAAUGAAAGAAGCGCGCGGUGCUCUGAGACUGAAGCAAUGGCUAGAGCUUCAUUUUGAAGAUGCGUUAGCAAAGGCCACAAGCGGCAGUGCUUCGAAGGAAGAAAUCCAGCGCCUGAAGGUGGAAAUGAUCGAAAAGUCCAAGCUAAAGGACAUCCGGUGGGAAUGUGGCUGGAACAGCCAACACUUUCGAGGUUGCCUGCUCUCGCUCAAGUCCCUCAUGGAACAACACCCGCAGCACAUGAGACAAUUGGAGGAUCAGAUUUUGGUCUUCUCCUACUUUACAGGCAUCAGUUUGGACGGGCAUUUGAUGCUCUUUAGCGGCGAAGUGCGCCACAACUGGCUGGACUUUAUUAAGAACAUCCGCAAGCACAAGUUGGCCUUAGCCAGGGUGCCCUUUUACGAAAAGUCCCUAUCGCACGUGCUCAGGAACAUCAAAGUGAGUCGGCGGAAGUUCAUGCCCGAUAUGAAAGUGAGCGAGUACGAGAUUAAUCUGAAACAACUCACUACAGCGGUGAGCGACUAUUUCGGACGGAACAGUCAUCCGAAGAAUUGGCCCAAUUCGAUGGAUCACUACGAAAUCGUUGUGGAAAGUGAGGCUGGACCCAUGAUGGUUUCUCCUACUGGACAGUUUAUUGUGCCGUCAUCGAUUCCAGGUCCACUUCUAAUCAAUUUCAUAUCGACAAACUUUGACGAUGCAAAUGAGCGAAUAGACCAUUACAAAAAGGACAAAGUAAUGGAAAAAUCCCUACACCGACGCUGCAUGGAAGAGUUGCAUCUGGCAGCCCUACUUAAAGACGACAACAUCACCCCUGAACUGAUGAUACAGUUUUGCCAGAAACUGGUGGACCACAAAACCGAUCUUGAGAGUGUUAUCAAAGGUAUGCACGUGAAUGUUUCAACGUAUUACUCCGUAUUGUCCGAUGGUGUUGUUUGCAUUCCAUGGAACUUCGAUCUUUGAUCGCUACCCGCGAUAGAACUUAUCUAGCACCUAGAUAUCUGCAUCGAAUGAGUUGAGAGUUACCGUUGAAUAAUCAAUUUUUUAAAAACAUUGUCAGAAUUGUGUCUGUUUUAUUAGCAUAGAAUCUAGGCGGUUUUAUCAGAUGCGGAAUGACUGGGCAAUAUCGGUUAGAACGCCCAGUAAAAAUUGCUGUGAUUUUUUUUCGUUAAUUAAGUGCCUUGAUUGUAUGUUACAAUUAUUGAACCAAUGUAGUUAUUUUAGUAGAUUUGAAAAGUGUGUAGACAAAAAAUAAUUUUAAGGCAG